UGGAGUGAGAGAUACUGGAGGAGGAGCUAUAGAGCUGGGAAUUUUUUUUGAGGAGGAGGAGGAAGAAAAGAGGAAUCGCAGGGAAACUGAAAAUCUGGACUCCCAGGGUGGGCUCACGAGGGAGGGAUAGACAGGGAUACAGGCAAGACCGAUGUGGAAUGAUGCGAGAGCUGUGACUGGAUAAAUCUGACAGACCACAGAGCACUGGGAGACACACACAGAGAGGAAAAUGACAUUUAGUUUUUGGAGAAAGACUAUUCGGGGGGCUUAAGCUGGGGGAGGCUGGAGGGGAGGGUUUUUCGACAGGGUGAGUCGGGACAGAGAGAGGGGUGAGGUGUGGCAGUGGGAGGGUAAAUAAACACAGGAUGGCAGAUGAACCACCUGUCCUUCUGAGAUGAGGUGAGCACAUACACACAAACACACACACACGCUGACACAAGAAAACAUACAAACCUCUGACACGCACACUUCUCUGGACAUCCACGGGACAGAGCGCAGGACUUUGAAGAUGCUGUGAGACGUCUGGAUCACCUGAACCCAUCUGAGGACACAACUUAUGAGAGGGACUGAACGCCCAGGUGAUCCUCCUCCCUUGAGAGAACCUGUGGACAUAAAGAGAUUCUUUUUUUUUUUUUUUUAAGCGGGAACUCCCUGAAGAGGUGGCGAUCAGGUGGAUCACCUGUGCCAUGAGGAUCCUGUGUGUGAACCUGGCCUGAGACGACCCGCCCCGGAGGCUCCAUCGGCCUGUCCCCCUCCUCUUCCCCCCGCAACUGGAUGUCUUGAUGUAUUGCUGUGGGCUGGGACACUGGCGGAGAGUGCAGUCCACCUAUGGAGAGCGUCAGGACUCGGACGUCGUCGAGGAAAGAAACGCCCAGGUGCAGCUGGAGAAGGCCAAGUACAAACCUGUGGCAUUCGCAGUACGUUGCAACUUCUCCUACACCCCAGCAGACGACGACAACGUUCCCGUACCGGGCCAGGCUGUCACCUUUGAGGCCAGAGACUUCCUCCAUGUCAAAGAGAAGUUUAACAAUGAGUGGUGGAUCGGCCGGCCAGUGAAGGAGGAUGGUGUGGUGGGCUUCAUCCCCAGUCCAGUCAAUCUGGAAACCAUUCUCAUCAGAAGAGAAGUCCAGGCGAGGAAAGCCGCCAAGGCCUUAGCCAACAAAGCAGCGGCUCAAGUAGCUCAAGAUAUGAACUCAAAGAAAUAUACUCCUCCAUCACAAGCCAAUCAGCAGGUGAAAAAGAAACCGGGGGAGCAGGUGGCUAUGUAUGAUGUAGUGCCUACAAUGCGUCCUGUGGUUUUAAUGGGACCAUCACUGAAUGGCUUAGAGGUUACAGAUAUGAUGCAAAAAGCACUAUUUGACUUUUUAAAACAUCGAUUUGAAGGCAGAAUUACCAUUACACGGGUCACAGCAGACAUCUCUUUGGCUAAACGGUCCAUCCUCAACAACCCUGGCAAAAAGGCCUUAAUGGACCGGUCAAACACACGCUCCAAUUUAGAUGCUGCCGCCCAGAUCCAGGGGGAGGUGGAGCGAAUCUUUGAGCUUGCCCGCAGCCUGCAGCUGGUGGUUCUAGAUGCAGACACAAUCAACCACCCUCUCCAGGUGUCCAAGACUUCCCUGGCACCAAUCCUUGUCUAUGUCAAGAUCUCCUCACCAAAGGUGUUGACGCGACUGAUCAAGACGAGAGGAAAGUCACAGACCAAGCAUCUCAAUGUUCAGCUGGUGGCAGCAGACAAGCUCGCCCAAUGCCCACCGGAAAUGUUUGACGUCAUCUUAGAUGAGAACCAGCUUACUGAUGCCUGUGAGCAUGUCGCUGAUUAUCUGGAGUCUUACUGGAGAGCCACUCAUCCACCAGAGAUGGAGCCUGCCAACGCACUGGUAGCCCAGCUGGCUGGGAACACACUGCCCACCAGUCCUUCAGCAAUACCGGAUGGGCAGAAAAACAAGAAGACAGCUGCCCCCAAGAGGAAGGGUUCCCGGGAAAACCAUCUCGACCUGGAGCCCCCUUCAGUACAGGCACAGGAGCAGAGGGCUGAGGAGGGCCAAAGAGAGGAGGAAGAACGACUUCUGAGGACUGAACCAAAGAGACCCCAGCACACCCACCACCAUCACCAUCACCACCACCACCACCGUCGGAUGGAGCACCACAGCCACACCCAGCACAACCAAACAUCUGGAGGCAUGGAAGUACAGCCGAGCAGGGAUUACAGACAGAGGCUUCCCCGCAGGCACCCGCCUGAGGAGAGGGAGGAGGAGGUGGAGGAUGUGGUCGAGGAGGACGAGGACGAGACUCGCUAUAACCACCGAGGCCAUAACCACCACCAUCAUAACAGCAACCACCACCAUCACCACCACCACCACCAACAACAUCACCACCGUGGGAACAGCCAGCCACAUGUUGCGGCAGACUAUGAGCAGGAGCACAAUGAACGCAACCGGCAGCACAGGCAUCACCAGCAUAUUCCACAACGGACACACCACACGGAUCACUAUCCUGCGCACAAUCAUCACAACUACCACCACUACCAUGGCAGAGACAGGGACAGGGACAGAGAUAGGGAAAGACACAAGGACAGAGAAAGAGACAGGGAUAGGGACAGAGGUAGAGGUAGAGACAGAGACAGAGAUGCACGACAAUGGCACAGGGAUUCCUAUAUACAUUCGUGACUGCUGUUUCUUCUGUGGGCUGGUGCAUGGUUUUAUGCUGCUCAAGUUAUAAUGCACUAAUGGAGGGCAGGGUGUGUCAUCUUUGUAGACAAUGUUUUCCUCAUAUUAUUUACCAUUUUUUAUUUUUACCCUCUGCACACACAUUGUCCUUUAACCAGAAUCAAUAUUAUGACUUGGUUUUUGUCUGUCUUAUUUUCACCUAAUUAAUAUGGCUCUAUCUGAGUGUAUUUUUGCACAGACAUUAAAAGCAAUGGUGUGUUCGUUCAGUAUGGGUUGUAAACUUUUUGGUUUUGUAUUGGUCAUGCGAAUCAUACCAAAGCCAGUUUUAUUUUAUCCAUUAUCUCAAGAUCACUUUAUUACUACUUUACUCUUCUUACCUAGAGUCUGUUUCUGUGCUUAAUGAUAUUAGAUAUAUAAUAAUAAUAAUUAAUAAUAUAUUAAUAAUAAUAAUGA